CUUCCUUUUGCAAAGGACUAUUUUUUUUAACUAAGCUCUUCACUAUCCAAAAAAAAGAGAAAUAUGGGACUGCUAGAAGCAUAAGUCACAAUGUCUGCGUGACAGAAUAUUGAUGCUUGUUCUGAUGAUGGAAUCUACCUUUCGUGCUCUAUGAUCUUUCCGCCGUGGGACCGGUCAUAUUGAAAUAGAAGACUUUUUUUUAUCUACCGCCAAGUACCAGUGAUACCAGAAUUCAUCAUGUUUAUUCUUACAACCCUGUCAGAUCUGAUCCAGAUCGCCCCAGAAGACUUCUCGAAGUACAGUUCUGUAGCUAUUGAGGACAACAUUAAUGAGAAAUAUGCCAAUAAAGUUAUUCAAAAGGUUGGCCUCUGCAUUGGAUUCUAUGACUUGCUAGAAACUUCGGACGGUCUCAUUGGCCAUGGCACUGGCCUGGUAAACGUCAACGUCAAGUUCCGCCUCAUUGUUUUCCGUCCAUUCAAAGGAGAGAUUGUAUUGGGGAAGAUUUCCAGUGCUACUGAACAUGGCAUUAAAAUUGGUGUAGAAUUCUUCAACGAUAUCCUCGUACCUCCCAAUCUUCUCUUGGAUGGUGCCAGAUUUGACUAUGCCGACCAGGUUUGGAUCUGGGAAAACGAAGACGGCUCUACGUUUUACUUCGAUAUUGGAGAAGUUGUCCGGUUCCGUGUCGAGAUGGAAGAAUGGCACGACCAAAUACCAAAUGCGCCAGAUCUCGGAGAUGCCGCCGCUAUUGAGCGGAAGCCACCGUAUUCCAUUAUCGGAUCGAUGCAGAUGGCAGGUUUAGGACCUAUAUCUUGGUGGUAAUCCCUAGGAAGGGUUCCCGUGAUUAUGUGAGAUACCUUUUUGACCGAAUGGUUGGACUAUGUCGAAUUCCAUGGUAAUACGAAUAAUGAAACAAUCUUGACCUUGAAAAUAGAGUGAGUAAUUGCUCAUGAGUUAUUGCUCACAUAUCAGCCAAAUGACGACAUUUGCCGGAAAUAGAGGGAGAGCGAUGAAUAUGGAAGGAUGAGAACCAUGGAAGAACGCAUACUGUUCGACACGAAUCUCAUCUAGAAAGCAUAUUUCCCCGCCAAUACAUUGCAGAUAGUACAUAUAACUACUAUACUAAGAGGG